UUUGACAUUGAUAAGGAAGCAGGAGAGAGACAGAUUUACCAUCGGUACUGUAUGGAACGGGCAUCUGUACAUUGUGCCCAUGUGUUCACCACAGUCUCACAGAUAACAGCUAUAGAAGCAGAACAUAUGCUUAAAAGAAAUCCUGAUGUUGUCACCCCAAAUGGCUUGAACAUUAAGAAAUUUUCAGCAAUGCAUGAGUUUCAGAAUUUGCAUUCCAUGUACAAGGCUAGGAUCCAAGAGUUCAUUCGAGGUCAUUUCUAUGGCCACCUUGACUUCAGUCUUGAGAAGACCUUAUUUUUCUUCAUUGCUGGGAGAUAUGAGUUUUCCAACAAAGGAGCUGAUAUGUUUCUAGAAGCCUUAUCAAGAUUAAACUUUUUGCUAAGGGUUCAUAAGACUGAUGUUACAGUUGUUGUGUUCUUCAUCAUGCCAGCAAAGACAAACAAUUUCAAUGUAGAAACCCUGAAAGGGCAAGCAGUCCGGAAGCAGCUCUGGGACACUGCACAAUCUGUGAAAGAAAAGUUUGGAAAGAAACUCUACAAUGCCCUGCUAAAAGGAGAAAUUCCAGACUUGAACAAGAUUCUUGACCGAGAUGAUAUAACCAUUAUGAAAAGAGCCAUCUUUUCAACUCAGCGACACUGUCUGCCUCCAGUGACCACUCACAACAUGAUUGACGACGGCAAUGAUCCAAUCCUCAAUACCAUCCGACGCAUUGGCCUUUUCAAUAACCGGACAGACAGAGUAAAGGUGAUCCUACAUCCAGAGUUUCUUUCUUCGACAAGCCCAUUGCUGCCCUUGGACUAUGAGGAGUUUGUUAGAGGCUGCCACCUUGGUGUAUUUCCAUCAUACUAUGAACCGUGGGGUUACACUCCAG